UCACUCGACUUAAUGCCAGUACGAGCGCGCGCUUUCGAACGACGCGUUUCACAGGCAGCAGCCGCGAGGGACGAUCAGUCUGUUCUCCACGUUCUCCACGCAAGGACGAUCCGCCGGCGAUUGAUUGUAUUCGGUUAGUUUUGAACGAACAACAUCGACAACAUUAUUCUCUCGUUGUCUCAAGUCUCUCGCGCUUAAUCGAACUUUGACCGACGAACGGGCCCGACCUACGAGAUUUCUCGCGUGACUUAUCGUUCACUCUGUCAUUCUUUCCUUCUCAUUUCAUUUUUAUUAUUCCUUUUUCCUCUUUCUUUUCUUUUUUUCUUUUAUCCUUUUUCUUUCUCUCUCUCUCUCUCUCUCUAUGGUUUGAUUUUGUUCCACUAAAAGUGAUAUUGGUAGUCCGAUAGUAAAAAAAAAAGGAGGAAAGUAGUAUAAGUGAUCGAUAAGAAAGAUAUUAUUUUUGAUGAGAAAAGUAUCGAUAAUUGAUUUUCCAUUGGUGGAUCUGAAAACAAUCCGGGAAAAUUAGUUUAACGGAAACGUGGCCGAUGGUUUUGAAUUCGACCACUUUUCCCGCCACUGCCAAGAGAAAGAGAGACAGAGAGAAAGAGAGAGUGAGAGAGAGGGAGAGAAAAGAUAAGCGAAAGAUUGGAACGUGGUUGGACCGUCAAUGUGAACAGAAAGAAUCGAGGAAAUACAUAAUAAAAGAAAAAUAGAAAAUAAAGGUAGCGUUAUUAUAAGACAAAGAAGGAAGAAAGAAAGUGUAAGAAAGAGAGUGAGAGAGAGAGAGAGAGAGAGAAGGAUAAAAAGAGAACGAGAAGAAAACAACGGCAAAUGAAUUUAUUCGAACGGUAGUACGAUCGGUCUGUGAUGACCGAAUCGUCGAUCGAAUUCCUCGUUUUCGUCUCGUUAUUUCGAUCGAUCAACACGAGAUGAGGCUACCGAUGGAGAUCAUCCUGUCGAUCUUAUGCCUAACGGCAGUAUGCCUCGUCGACAGUCGGGCUGUCGAUAAGGAUUCAUACGAAUUCGAGGAAACGAAACACCAUCGACAUCAUCGUCAUAAGAGAUUCACCAUCGAGGAGCUUACAAACACGAGAUUUUCUCAUGCGAUUACCGGUGACCUGGACAUCGAUGUCUGCAAGGCAGGUGGAUUUCUUGGUGACAUAGCACUGCCCAACAUCAAGUACGAAACGGAAUGGCGACAGCAAAAGUUGAAUAAGUCGUACCUUGAGGAAUUGGAAAAAUACAGAGAGGAGGUAUUAAAGGAAGGUCUUCAAGUCGAAGAGGAAGGUCUUACCGAGAUAUUACAGUUCAAAAAUGAGCACAUGAACAAUGAGGCUCAUCGUGAGGAAGAAGAGAGCGUAGUCUCUCAAGGGAAACCUGAACCGAUCAUGGUGGAUCGCAAUCAGUACAGCAUGGGCGGCGAAUUCGAGGAUGGAUUUAUCUUCAACGUUAGGAACGGUGAUACUAAUCCUGAAAUAAAGGAGGAGGGCAUUGAGAUCAGAUUAGAAUCGACGACUCUUCCGGCGAAAAAGAGACACUUGGCUCAUCGACAGAAUUAUUUAACGAUAACCGAAACUUCAAAUAUUAGAGAAGGUAGGAUCAAGCAAACGACAUCGAAGAUACCCGAUGACAUAGAUUUUUCAAUCGGUUCAACAACGGCAAAGACUAGAAAUGCUCAAGAAGAUAACAUCGAAGAAAUAAGAGGUUAUACGUCUACGAUUAGGCCGGAAACAACGACGCAAGAUAGAUCGAAACAACGUCAUCGUCGUCAUCAUCGUAGAAGAGGCUCUCGACGGCGAAAUCACCGAAGGAAAAUUGUCCCUUUGCCCCGGGACACGGCGAAUGAUGUCUCGGACGAGGUCGUCUCGCUUCACGAUAGGCGACUACGGUCCAUUGAGUUUUACGACAUGGACCACAAACCGAAAUAUCUUGCGAACAAUGAGCGAGGUACAGAAUCACUAGUCCACAAUUUUCCAACGAGAAAUCGAAGAGCCGCAACUGCAAGAAAGGAACGUGUCUGGGAUCAUGGUGUUAUACCUUACGAGAUCGAUGGUAACUUUUCCGGAGCUCACAAGGCACUUUUCAAGCAAGCCAUGAGACAUUGGGAAAACUUUACUUGCGUCAAGUUCGUCGAGAGAGUACCAAGAGAACAUCCUAAUUAUAUUCUCUUCACGGAAAGACCCUGUGGAUGCUGUUCCUUCGUCGGGAAAAGAGGUAACGGACCGCAAGCAAUCAGUAUCGGAAAAAACUGUGACAAGUUUGGUAUAGUCGUUCAUGAACUGGGCCACGUCGUUGGCUUCUGGCACGAACACACCAGACCGGAUCGAGAUCGACACGUACAAAUCAUUCGCGACAACAUCAUGAGUGGUCAGGAAUAUAACUUUAAUAAAUUGACGGAUGAAGAAGUGAACUCGUUGGGUCUGCCAUACGAUUACGAUUCUAUCAUGCAUUACGCCAAGAAUACAUUCUCCAAGGGCAUUUAUUUGGACACGAUUUUACCUAUAGAGAAUCACGGAAAGAAACGGCCUGAGAUCGGCCAAAGGAUACGGCUAAGUGAGGGUGAUAUCGCUCAAACGAAUCUUCUUUACAAAUGCUACAAAUGUGGUAGAACUUUUCAAGAAAAUAGUGGUAGCUUUGGUUCACCAACUCACCCUAACAGUUCUCCAGCGAUUGAUGGAGAACGGUGCGAGUGGAGGAUCACUGCUACCCACGGAGAAAGAAUUGUCCUGAAUAUAACGUCCUUGGAUAUCUUCAAAAGCGAUUAUUGCCGUAGCGAUUAUCUCGAAAUUCGUGAUGGAUAUUGGUACAAAAGUCAUGUACUCGGUCGUUUUUGCGGGAGUGGCAAAAUCCAUGAGCCAGUGGUAUCUACCGGAAGUCGUAUGCUCGUAACUUAUGUUACUUCCGAACGUCAAAGCGGGCAUCGUGGUUUUACGGCGAGUUACGAAGCAGUCUGCGGUGGUGAUGUCGAAUUGGAUGGCGUUGGUCAUUUGGAGUCACCUAAUUAUCCUGAAGAGUAUCAGUCAAGUAAAGAAUGCGUUUGGAAACUUUCCGUACCACAGGAUUAUCAGGUCGCUUUGAAAUUUCAAUCGUUCGAGAUUGAAAAUCACGACAAUUGCGUCUAUGACUAUGUCGAAAUACGCGAUGGUCACAAUGCUGAUUCCCCUUUGAUCGGAGUCUAUUGUGGCUAUAAGAUACCACCUGACAUCAAAUCUACUGGGAAUAAAUUGCUUGUUAAAUUUGUUAGCGAUGGAUCCGUACAAAAAGCUGGAUUCUCGGCAACUUUCAUGAAAGAAUUCGAUGAGUGUGAGUUGACCAAUCAUGGAUGCGAACAUGACUGUAUAAAUACUCUUGGUGGAUUCGAGUGCUCUUGUAAAAUCGGAUACGAAUUGCAUUCUGAUGGGAAACAUUGUGAAGAUGCAUGCGGUGGUAUUUUCGACGAUAGCAAUGGCACUAUUACCAGUCCCUCUUUCCCAGAAACUUAUCCAGGAAAUAAAAAUUGUAUUUGGGAGAUUAUAGCACCACCACAAUAUCGUAUCACUUUGAACUUCACUCAUUUCGAUCUCGAAGGCAAUAAUGCCUAUCAGCAAGAAUGCGAAUAUGAUUCUCUCGAAAUAGCUAGCAAACUUGGUGACGAUAUUCUCAGAAAGCAUGGAAUUUUCUGUGGUGUUAGGUUACCACCAAUGAUCACAUCGGAAGGCAACUCUAUGAGGAUCGUAUUCACGUCAGAUAACAGUGUGCAGAAGACAGGCUUCGCCGCAGUCUUUUUCACCGACAUGGAUGAAUGCGCGAAUAACAAUGGUGGUUGUCAGCACGAGUGUAAGAAUACGAUAGGCUCCUAUCAGUGUUCCUGCCACAAUGGCUUUACACUUCAUGAAAAUGGCCACGAUUGUAAAGAGGGUGGCUGCAAGUACGAGAUUACGGCGCCCGUAGGCACCAUUACGUCGCCCAAUUUUCCUGAGUAUUAUCCUGGCCGGAAGGACUGUGUUUGGCACUUCACUACCAAGCCGGGACAUCGUAUCAAACUGGUAUUCAAAGUAUUUGAGAUGGAGUCCCAUCAAGAAUGUGCUUACGAUCACAUCGCCAUUUACGAUGGGGAUUCACCAGAAAGUCACACAUUAGGUCGCUUCUGCGGUACUAAGGAGCCUCAUCCAAUUUCAGCAACUGGUAAUCAGAUGUACAUGAUCUUUAAGAGUGAUGCUUCCGUCCAAAGAAAAGGUUUCCAAGCAAUACACAGUACUGCCUGCGGAGGAUAUCUAAUGGCAACGGAUAAGGUAAAACAUCUGUACUCGCACGUCAGAUACGGAUAUAGUAAUUACGAUCACGGGACUGAUUGUGAUUGGACUAUCGAAGCACCUAUCGGCAAGAAUGUUCACCUGUCUUUCUUCUCCUUCCAAUUGGAGUAUCAAAGUGAAUGUGGUUACGAUUUCGUUGAGAUAUUUUCCGGUUUGGAUGCAUCCAAUCCAUCCUUUGGUCGACUCUGUGGCAACUUGAACAAAACUGAUUACGUAUCGACGAGCGAGGCACUUCUCGUACGAUUCCGAACGGACGACACGAUAUCGUUCAAAGGCUUUGUAGCUAUUUUCGUUGCGGUAGAUCGGCAAGAUAGCGAUGAGAGUCAGGGCGGUGAGGACGAUGAGGAUAAUGAAAAUCUCUGAUCCGUCGCCGGCCUCGCCAAUCGAUUGGGUUAUGGCUUUUGAAAAGUAUUGCCUAUAAACCCUGCGAUCGAUCCUACCAAACGAAUCAUUGAAUCGUUUGCUCGUUGGAUCUCGUUCGAUCGUCGAGGUCUGGACACCGGGAGACGCUCUCUCUUUCUAUUCUUAUUAUUUGUUUUUUUUUCUUUCUUUUUUUUUUUUUUAUAUCUUUCUUCCGACGAUUUUUUUUACAUAGAUAAAACACAACGUGUUCCCUCGCUAAAGUCAAACCUUACUCCGUUUAGAAACUUAGGUAUUCUUUUGCGAGGAUGAUAAACUUAAUCGAAUGUGUCCCAGUAUUUGGUUACUCGAAAGUCGAUAAAAAGGAUAUCGAUAUUAUCAACUCGAUCAGUAAAAAUGAUCUUUGGAGUAAUCCAAACGCAUAUCGCCUGCCAAAAGUUUCGAUCUUGUUCUAAGAAAAUAUUCAAAUCGUCCAAAAUAAUGCGUGUGUGUGUAUAUAGAAUAUUACAUACGGCAAUUUUUCUCUUUCUUUCCUUUUUUUUUUCUCUCUCUCUCUUUUUUUCUUUUUCUUCGACAAAUUAUUCCAACGAGAUUUAUGGCUCUCAUAUUAUUAUACAUAUUUAAUAGACACAUAUCGAGUACUAUCUUAAAAACUUAUGAUUGUAAUAAGAAGAAAAAAAGAAAAAAAAAGAAAAAAAAAAAGAAAAAAAAAAAAAGAAAUGAAAAGGAAAGAAAAUGUCGAAUGAUAGAAAUAGAAAAAGUUGUUUAAAGAUUUCGAUACUCGAACUUACGAAUAUCAGAACGUUCAAUCUGAAAGUUUGAAUACGAAAAACAACGGAAAGAUGUAAAGUAACGAAUGGCCAAACUGCCAUUGAUUAUACUUAACUUAUAUUGUCAUUGACUAGUGUUCGCGCGAUCCCUUUUCGCGACGAAACGAUAUAAUUCUCCUUAAUAUAAUAUAUAUAUAUAUAUAUAUAUAUAUAUAUAUAUAUAUAUAUGUGACUUUCAAUUUCGGCCUAUUAUACGGCCGAUCAACGUGCCAUGUAUAUUUAAUUAUAAAUCACGUUACUCUGAAUAUUAACUAAUUCCUUGUCCCAAAGUAUACAAAGUCCUUUACGAGUCCAGGACUUGGAGAACAAUUUUCGAAGAUGACGAUAAUCCUUUAACGAUCUUCGAAAUAAUUUUCGACUGUUUCCCUCUGUCUAUCUUUCUCUCGAUAACUUUUCACCACUGCCUCGAGAUCGUGACAACAAUCGAUUCGAGAUAUCCUUUCGUAUACGACGACUCGACGAACAUAUGACUGCCGAAAGUAAUUCGUUUCUUUCUCCUUCUUUUUAUUAUUUUUUUUUAAUAAAUUUUAAAAGGUUAAAAAGCACGCAUUUCGAAGGUAUUAGUUUCUUUUUUUUUUUAACACGUCCGUCGUAUACCAAAGGACUAAAUAUAAUAAUUUUAUUCUGUACAAUAUAGAUGUCAUUUUAUGGAAAUAAUUCACGUACGAACCGUCAUAAAAAGGAAAAAGAAAAGAAAGAAAAAAGAAAAAAAAAAAAAAAAAAGAAAAAUUGCGAUUGAUUAUUAACGACUAACGAUGAAAAAUUUUUAAUCGGUCAUCGUAUGUUAUAUUAUAUGUAUCCUUAAAAAUACGCUGAACGUUCGUUGUAAAUAAUAAUGUUUAAUCUUAGAGACACGCCGCGACGUUUUAUAGAUGGUUUUUAGAUUCUCAAUAUUCUUAUCCCGUUACGGACAGCCAAGGAAAUAAAUUUAUCUUAAUUAACGUUAGAACAAAAGAAUAACAGUGUUACAACGGCGAUAAAAGAUAAAAAAAAAAACAAAACAAGAAAAAAAGAACAAAAAAAUAAAAAACAAAUAACAAAUAACAAGCACAUAACAUUUAAGCCUACGUACACACAAUUACUCCGUCAUUCGGACGGUACACCCUAUUAAAAUCUUAAUUCUUCGUAUGUAUAUUUAGUAAUUAUUUGUUUAUUUAUAAAAAAAAAAAAAAAA